GAACAGCACCCGUCCACCUGCUUUCCUACCAUCUACAUACUCCUAUUUUUUCGAUCUCUUAUUCUUUUCUGUGGACGCAUUAUUUUCUAGUUCAAUUCCAUAUAACUAGAGAGGACAAGUUACAGAGCAACGGGUGGAGCUUUCGGGCAAUCCCUCUAGUUCCUGUGUUGAGACCGGUUCCUCGCACGACAGUUUAGGGGGCCAGAAGCAGAAGCUCUCUCUUGAUUCACCUGCUACGGAACAAGCAAGCGAAACAAGAGGAUAUGCUCUUCAAAGAUCUGGUCGAUCUUGCAAGAGCAAGGUCCUCUUCAUCGCCGCAGAAAUCAAGCCCCUCAUCUUGACUUGGAGGGAUUGGUUCAUCCGAGAGCUGCUGCGGUGAUUAUUAUAUUUAUUAAAGCACAAGGGGCAUCAAGCAAGGACUUUCAGGUCAAGUACUAAGCUCGGACCCUCGUCACCCGCCCUUCAAUCAGAAGGAUUCUUUGCGGCUCGACCCCAACGAAGAAAGAAGAAGAAUUAUGCGUUCCAUUUCUCUUCUUGAAGUAAAGAAAAGGUUGCGAUAUUCUUUCCUUCGUCUGCUGGCCAGAACAAUCAAGAUAAAUAUAGCAGAGCUUAUUGAACACCACCCAUCCGCUCGCUUUCCUACUAUCUAAAUACUCGAUCGAUCUCUUAUCUUGGAAAGAAUCUAUGGAUUUCGCAAGUCCUCUUUUACAACUCGUCAAAGAGUUGUGGGGCUUGGCCAAGAAACCUUUGGGCUACAUUUAUUUUCUUAAAGAUAAUGUCGACUCUUUGAAGAACGCAACUGAAGACCUGAAGGCCGUGAGCUACGAUGUGAAAAAAAGGGUGGAACGUGAAGAAAAAGAAGAGCGUGCUCUGCGCACGAAACAAGUGGCGACCUGGUUAGGCAAGGUGCAAGAGUUUGUCAGUCGCGUAGAUCAAGUUCUUCGGGAUGCCGGGGAACGUGACCAAAUCAAAUGUCUCAGUCGUUGUCUUCCACCAAACUGUUGGUCCGGUUAUAAAUUGGGGAAAAGAGUUAAUCAAAUGCUCAAUGAAGCAAGAGAGCUCCCACCCAAGGAAGGAGAAUUCGACACUGUGACAUCGCCAUUGCCUCCUCCUCGAGUGCUCGGGAUGCCUAUGGACAAGACGGUGGGGCUUGAUAGUUCCUUUAAGAAAGUAUGGGAAUGGCUUGUGGACAAAAAACAAGUAGGAAUGAUAGGGUUAUAUGGAAUAGGUGGUGUGGGAAAGACCACCCUCAUGAAAAGGAUCAACGAGGAGCUUUCCCGCGCAAAUCAUGGAUUCGAUGUUGUUAUUUGGGUGGUGGUGUCUAGGCAAGUGAACAAAGAUAGAAUUCAAGAUGCCAUAAGGAAAAGGCUAGACAUUGAAGAUGAGCUCUGGAAAGGAUGGUCCUGGGAUGAAAGGGUCCAUCAUCUGCGGAAAGAUUUGAAUAAGAAGAAGUUUGUAUUGUUGAUUGAUGAUCUAUGGGGGAGGCUGGACCUUCCAAAAAUUGGAGUUCCUCGUCCUAGUCCCGAAAAUGGAUCCAAAGUUGUAUUCACAACUCGGUCAGAGCAAGUAUGCGACCAAAUGGCAGCGGAAAAAACCUUCAAAGUACAGUGCUUGAUGCCCGAAGAAGCCCUGGAAUUAUUUGAGAACAACGUCGGCAAACCGAAUGUACAUUCUCAUCCAAAUAUUCCAGAGCUCGCUAAGGACAUUGUCCGAGAGUGCAAAGGGUUGCCACUAGCCCUUAUUACUGUUGGACAAGCCAUGGCCGGCAGAAAGGAUCCCCAUGAGUGGAAGCAUGCGCUAACAACGCUCAGGAACAAUCCGUACAAGCUGUCAGAUAUGGUGGAUGAAGUGUACCACAUACUAGAGUUUAGUUAUAAUAGCUUAAAUGACUCUACUGCUCAGCUUUGCUUCCUUUAUUGUUGUCUCUUCCCUGAGGAUUACCCCAUAAUAACAGAUGAGCUUAUUGAACUCUGGAUUGGAGAAGGCUUGCUAGGAGACAUCAAUGAUUUAUACAGUAUGCGGGAUAAGGGAAAGUAUGUCUUGGGGAGUUUAGAGAUGGCUUGUCUAUUGGAAAGUGUGCGUGAUGAAGAUGAAGAGUCAUGGGUAAAGAUGCACGAUGUCAUCCGCGACAUGGCAACCUGGAUCGCUCAUGACCACGGGAAAAGGGAGAACAAGUUGCUAGUGAUAGAGAAAGACGAAGACAUGUCCGAGGAUCUGGUCUUUAAAUGGGGGGAAUCAAAGAAAGUAUCUCUAUGGGGAAAAUGGAUUCGAAAUAUCGACAAGAAACCACCCCAGUGUUCGCAGCUCGAAACUUUAUUUGUAAGGGAAACAGAAGUGACGUUCAUGCCAAAAGGAUUUUUCGACUCGAUGACGGCUUGUCUAGCGGUCCUGAACCUAUCCAGCAAUGGAAAUAUCGAGUCAUUCCCCGAAGGGAUUUGCAAUCUGAUCAAUCUACGAUACUUGAACUUGUCGGUCACCGGUAUUAGUGAAUUACCCAAAGAAAUCAAGAACUUGACUCGUUUACGGUGGUUGCUACUGGACGAUAUGUUGAAAGGAAACGUCCUUAUUCCGACAGGGGCAAUCACAAGCUUACCACUGAAUGUGUUUAGCCAAUGGAAUUUCAACCAAUGGAAGUUAGAAGAACUUAUGGGGGAAUGGGGUGGGGUGAAGGAAGAAGAGACAGUAGAGGAACUAAAGGAAGAAGAGAUGGUAGAGGAACUAGGGUGCAUGCAACAUCUCACCGACUUAUCUAUCUGCGUGCACGAGUCUUCCUCUGCUCAGAAAAUAUUCCAAUCCCCGAAUUUACGGAGACGCAUAAGGAGAGCGUGCAUUGAUAAUAGGAAUGGUAACUUGACUAGCAUCGUAAUAAAUUACUCACCAGCAAGCACUAACGGUUUCUCGCAUUUAGAGACGCUUUGUCUAUUUCAAUAUACCGAGCUGAGUGAGAUGAAGAUAACUCAGAGAAUAGGACAAGCGCCAAACUACUUUUGCUUCCCCAAUCUCGUUGAUGUUUGGGUCAAGAGGUGCGGGCUUUUGGACUUGUCCUGGCUCGUGCAUGCUCCGAAGCUCCGGAAACUGACGGUCACAUUCUGCGAAUCGAUGGAGAAAAUCAUUGGGGAUGGAUUUGCAAGGGAGGAAUUAGCUGCUUCGGGACUAUUCUCACGUCUCGAAUCCCUACGACUCAUCGGUCUUCCCAAGCUAACGAGCAUUUGCGACCAGACUCUAUCCUUUCCCCAGGGGGUACGCUUCUUCAUAGUAAACUGCCCUGGUCUAAGAAAGUUGCCGUUGGACUCGAGCAGCGCGAGGGGAAGCUUUGAGGUCGAGGGGGACAAACGCUGGUGGACGUGGGCCGAGUUUGAGUGGGACCCCACCGCCCGGGUCACUUUGCAGUUGGAUGAAAUGGAGGGCCCCGCAAAAGAAAUGACAUUUGGAGAGGCAGCACGUAAAGUGAAAGAUGAGUCCCGUUACGCUGGCAAGAUUGGAUUCCUACCUCGUGGGGGGCCGAGUGAGUGAGUGAGUUGAGGCUGAUAAGUUUAAUAUAGUUGUUUUUUUUAUAAUAAAAAAAAAGUGGCUUCAUUUGUCUUUCCAUAGUUAUGUAAUUUUCUGGUGUUGGGAUUCCUGUAAUGUGGGGGGUGGCGGCGUGGGGUGUUAAAAUGAAGAUGAAGGGGAA